AUGCAUACAUCUUCAUUCAAAGAAGAGCAGCAAUCACAAGUAGAAUUUUAUGAAGCAGAAAAAAAUACUCCAAUGUGCACUUUUUCAGGGAAGAACACUGCUAAUCGUAUAAGACAUUUUACUUCUUGUGAUAAGGGAAAUGUCAGAAUCCUUGACUUUGACUGCAACAGUCUUGGUAGACCUGGUGUUGAUUGCUACUGCCAACAUGAGAGUGGUGCCGCAGUACUGCAGCUCCAGUUCUUAAUCAACGAGGGUGCCUUGGUCAGUGCAAGUGCAGAUGACACACUCCAUUUGUGGAACUUAAGACAGAAGCGGCCAGCUAUUCUUCAUUCUCUGAAAUUUAACCGAGAACGGAUUACUUACUGCCAUCUACCUUUCCAGAGUAAAUGGCUCUAUGUUGGCACAGAAAGGGGAAAUACGCACAUUGUUAAUAUUGAGUCCUUCAUUCUUUCGGGAUAUGUCAUCAUGUGGAACAAGGCCAUAGAACUAUCCACAAAGACUCACCCUGGCCCAGUUGUACACCUAAGUGAUAGUCCAAGAGAUGAGGGGAAAUUGUUAAUAGGCUAUGAAAAUGGGACUGUAGUGCUCUGGGACUUGCGAUCGAAAAGAGCAGAUUUAAGAGUUUACUAUGAUGAGGCUAUUCAUUCUGUUGCAUGGCACCAUGAGGGGAAACAGUUCAUGUGCAGUCACUCUGAUGGCAGCUUGACACUGUGGAACCUGAAAAGUCCUAGCAGACCAUUCCAGACAACAGUUCCUCACGGAAAAAUUCAGAGAGAUGGAAAAAAACCUGAGUCCUGUAAACCAAUUCUUAAAGUAGAGUACAAGACCUGUAAAAGCAGUGAGGCGUUUAUAAUCUUUUCUGGUGGACUGUCUUAUGACAAAGCUUGCCGAAGACCAAGUUUAACCAUCAUGCACGGAAAAGCAAUUACAGUGCUUGAAAUGGAUCAUCCUAUAGUUGAAUUUUUAACUCUUUGUGAAACACCAUACCCAAAUGAAUUUCAAGACCCCUAUGCUGUAGUUGUGUUACUGGAAAAAGAUCUCAUUGUUGUUGACCUGACACAAAGCAAUUUUCCAAUCUUUGAAAAUCCUUAUCCUAUUGACAUUCAUGAGUCACCAGUUACCUGCACAGAAUAUUUUGCCGACUGUCCUCCAGAUUUGAUUCCUGUACUCUAUUCUGUAGGAGCUAAACAUAAAAAGCAAGGAUACAGCAAUAAGGAAUGGCCCAUCAGUGGGGGAGCGUGGAAUCUUGGAGCACAAACCUAUCCUGAAAUUAUUAUUACAGGUCAUGCAGAUGGAUCAGUAAAGUUUUGGGAUGCCUCCGCCAUAACUCUACAGAUGUUGUACAAGUUAAAAACCUCAAAGGUGUUUGAAAAGCAGAAAUUAGGAGAAGGAAAAUCCACAGCUGAGAUUGUGGAAGAAGACCCUUAUGCCGUUCAGAUGAUGUACUGGUGUCCUGAAAGCCGGAUAUUCUGUGUGGCAGGAGUCUCUGCAUAUGUUAUUAUUUACAGAUUCAGCAAACAUGAAGUUAAUACUGAAAUAGCAUCAUUAGAGGUGCGGCUUCAGUAUGAAGUGGAAGAUAUCAUUACUCCUGAACCAGAAAUAAUUCCUCCGUUUCCAGAUGCCUCAUCCCAGCUUCCUUCCUUAAAGAACCUUUCAGGCAGUACCAACACUGUUGCUUGUGAAGGAAUGAUGAAGGACAGUAUCCCAUGCCUUAGUGUUAAGACUCGACCGGUACGGAUGCCUCCUGGGUAUCAAGCAGACCUUGUCAUUCAGUUGGUGUGGGUGGAUGGUGAGCCUCCACAACAGAUCACCAGUCUGGCCGUAAGCUCUGCUUAUGGAUUAGUUGCAUUUGGAAACUGCAAUGGUUUGGCUGUUGUGGAUUUUAUGCAGAAGACAGUGUUGCUGAGCAUGGGAACCAUUGACUUGUACGGGUCAAGUGAUCCAUAUCAGCGUCAGCCCCGUUCUCCUCGCAAAAGCAAGCAGUUCGCCGCAGGCCUGACUGAACUCAGUGAUAGUCCAGUUUCCCUGGAGCUGGAGCGCUGCAAGUCUCCUACAUCAGACCAUGUGAAUGGGCACUGUACGAGCCCAACAUCCCAGACUUGUGGGUCAGGAAAGCGACUCUCCAGUGCAGAUGUCUCGAAGGCCAAUCGCCGAGGACCAGGGAGGCCCCCAUUCAGAAAAGCCCAGUCUGCAGCCUGCAUGGAGAUUUCUUUACCAGUCACAGCUGAAGUAGGUUACAUUUCCAGACGGGCAAUGCUUCAGCAAUUACAUGGAAUCAGUACAUUCUCACACGACGAGCGUCACUUUACUGCUUGCUCAUGGAUGGACAAAGAAAACCGGGAAAACUCCUUCAGCCGUUCCCGAAGCUCAAGUGUCUCCAGCAUUGACAAGGAGUCAAAGGAAACAAUCACAUCUUUGUACUUCAUGGAGUCCUUUGCCCGGAAGAAUGACUCUGCUCUCUCCCCCUGUCUCUGGGUUGGAACAGGCCUUGGUAUGGUCUUAAUCCUCUCCCUCAAUCUGCCACCUAAUGAUGAUUUAAGACUGACAGAGCCAGUCAUGGUGUCUCCGAGUGGUACGGUUCUGACGCUGAAGGGAGCAGUGCUGACCUUUGCAUGCUUGGACUGCAUGGGAGCGCUGAUCCACCCACCAUAUGAAGUGUGGAGAGAUCCAAACAGCACAGAUGACAAUGAGAAAACAAGAAAGAGGAAACUUGUCAUGCACUCCCCUUCCACCUCCCAGGACAUGGGCGAGCACCAGUUUGCAGUCGUCUGCUCAGAGAAACAAGCCAAAGUCUUCUCACUGCCUUCCCAGACAUGCCUUUACAUUCAUAACAUCACAGAAACAUCCUUUCUGCUGCGAGCAGACGUGGUGACCCUCUGUAACAGCGUCUGCCUGGCUUGCUUCUGCGCCAACGGGCAUAUCAUGACACUGAGCCUGCCCAGUCUUCGCCCUAUGCUGGAUGUCAACUACUUGCCUGUAACGGAUAUGAGGAUAGCACGGACAUUUUGUUUCACCAACGAAGGGCAAGCUUUGUAUCUCAGCUCUCCCACAGAGAUCCAGCGGCUAACCUACAGCCAGGAGAUGUGUGACAACUUACAGGACAUGCUUGGGGAUUUGUUUACCCCAGUGGAAACACCAGAAGCCCAGAACAGAGGCUUUCUCAAGGGGCUGUUUGGAGGAAGUGGACAAAACUUUGACAGAGAAGAGCUCUUUGGUGAGGCAACCGCUGGGAAAGCCUCCCGGAGCCUCGCCCAGCUCAUCCCUGGGUCAGGCGGGAUCGAAGGGAUGAAAGGCGCCGCUGGGGGCGUAGUUGGAGACCUAGCUCGUGCACGCGUCGCCCUUGAGGAGCGAGGCCAGCGGCUGGGAGAGCUGGAUGAGAAGACGGCAGGCAUGAUGGCCAGCGCGGAAGCCUUCUCCAAGCAGGCCCAUGAGCUGAUGCUGAAAUACAAGGACAAGAAAUGGUACCAGUUUUAGAUUUGCCAUGAAGCUGCACCUGGCCUGGGUAAGAACACUGUUCGGGGAUACGGAGCUUACUCCCAACAAUGCCAGUCACUGGACAGAAGCAAAACUUUCUCCUAGAAAACGUUUUCCUGUUACUCAUCGGAUUCACCACCCCUGGGGGUCGAGGAGAAGUUUCACCAUCUGCAAGAUGGAGCCUGGAAUGGUAUUUAGUCCAAACACAUGAUGUAGGUAGUCUUUUUCCAAAAAGAACUCAACAGUCACUUUGGCAUGUAGUUUUUCAGAAACUCUAGCUACGAACUGUGGGGAGAAUCUCUGGUUAAAAAUAUCUUGUACAAACUAGAAUGUUAAUGCACUUAUAAAAACAAAUAAAAAUUUGCAUGACGAAUUGACAUCCUAAAAGAAAAAAAAACAAAACAGAAAAAGAAAGCAUGUUGUGACCUAAGAAAAAAUGGGAUUUAUUUCUAUUCUGAGCAAAAAAAUACUUAAAACAGCAAAAAUCUUUAUUUUUAAAAACCACAGUUCAAAAAGCCAGUACAUUUGGAGCAUGGCCGCUGCUGCUCUCAAUAGAAACACGAGGUGAGCUGCAUUUUCUCAUUUGCUGCUAUUUUUUUCCCUUGGCAAACCUUAGCGUGCAGCCAGCAGUGCUGUUUAAUUCCUAGCAGAAGAAUAAACCAGCGUCAAAACCCUACGGCCAACACAUUGCUUUGUUCGGUGUCUAGAAAGGCCCCACUUGGGAUGUCACCUGAGCUUGAGUUCACAGCGUUUCUGCAGCCUGGAGGGUACAGGCAUUGCCAUUGUGCAGAGCCAGGGUUCUUGCUGGCUGGCCGUGUCCCUUGCUGGCUGGAUUUAUCGCAGUUAUCACCCUAGGAGAUUCUGAAUCACUUGGUUGCCUUGUUAGUCAGGCUGAGACGCAGAAGAGACUAUCAGGAAGUAAUUUCUGCUCCGGCUGGAGGAACUAGAGGGUGCGGUGCUACAAGCUGCUGAGUCCUGUCACAUCCAAUAGACUGCAGCCGCUCAGCAGCUUGCAGGGAAGUUAAGCUAUACUCAGAUAAUGCUUAGGAAAUUGCCGGGUAACCCAAUUUAAAGCCAGCUGGAUACAGAACAAAGCAGCUAAGAGGCAUCUGCAAAGCCCUGCAGACUGAAUUGUGCACAGACCACUUCCUCCCCUGGCUUGCCUGGCUCUGCACCACUCCACACCCUGCCAUGGGGAGCACAGCACUGAGGAGCCUGAGUCAGCAGCAGGGCCCCUCACCAGCACAGCCAGCAAGACAGUGGGGAACUUGGCCUCUUGUUUAGAUGGGGAAAGGCAAGCAGGUGUCACUGCAGUAAGCAACUCCCUGAUUCCACUGGGGGCUCUUCCUUCCCCUUAUUGUGCACAUCUGACCUGGGUCUCUCUUGUAGCAUUUUAUCGUCGGUGCAUGAACAGAACACCUGCUCUUUGACUCCUCUCGCUCCUGCUCUGUUAAAACCCUUUGCACCAUCAACACGUCCACAACAGUCAUAGGGGGAGUCAACUGUGGAGCUUACAGUCAGCUUAGAAAUGAGGCACCCAAGUCCUGUUUUCAGGCACAUGCACAAUGAGUAGGGAGUGUGGGAGAGAUGCCUACAUUCAGUCUCCCUGAAUGAUGGGCAAUGGCUGGUGCCCCCCAGGUAGGUGCAGCUGUAAAAUUUUGAUGCAGAGGCUAGCUCAGGCCUAGUCACUUUCCUUCACGCAGGUCUAUAUAGUGGAUGGGGCACUGGUAGCCUCAGGACACUGUCCUAGAUCCUGCCUCUCCAUGGAAAGCACCACUCAGGCUCCCAUGCUUGCUCUCAGACCCUCUGUUCCUACUCAGCUCUUCACUGCUCACAAGAGAAAAUUGCCCUUUGCGGUAUUUAACUAGGCUUCCGAACGCAGGGCUCACCCUUGCACAGGCUGCGGGAUUGAAGGAAACAGCCUAGGUCUGAGAGGCUGCUCAGCUCAGAUUCCUGUUACACCUGGAUAGGAAUUCAGCGCCCUGCAGCCUUGGUAAGUCUCUUCACAGCUUAGAAGAGCAAUGCCGAGCCAAGUUACAGCUGACUUGGGCAAGCGGGUGCGUGUCCUGCACCACAAAACAAUAGCAGUCACAGUGAGCACUGAAGACAGCACAGACACAGGCCUGGGCUUUGCUUAGCUCCAGUGCUCAAAGCUUAACAAAUAACUUAGUGGCCCAGCACAUGGCAGACCACCAGGCUUGCAGGGGAAGGCUCAUGGACUGGGUGGGAAGUGGUCUCCCUGGCCCUCACUUGCUGGAGGGAAACCAGCUGCUCCUUGGCACCUACAUCCCACAACUACCCUAUGAAGUGCAGCAACAUCAGCAGCCUGAUGGUGUGGCCACCUCCACUGUGAGUGGUGCAUUUGCUCCAGGCUGAGCCACCAAAGCACUAAUAUUCCUAGCAGCAAAAGCCCACUUCCCGCAGUGGACGCAUCCACCUCCCAAGCCCACCCCUGGUAAAGCCCAUUCUUCCUAACCGCACUGCAGGACUGGAGACAGCUUUUAUCCCUUCCCAGGGACAGGGCAGGAGCACAGCCAUACAGACUGAGGAAAGUCCUUCCACCAGGCUCCGAGCUGUACCAUACCCCUGGUGUCCUAGUAUAAAGAGGACAGCUCUGGUCCGGGUUUGGUGCCAGGCUCGCCAUCUUGACUGGUACCAGUGGAAUGCUGCAGCAACCAGAGACCUGGCAGAGGAGUGGGAGACCUGCUCAGCUGGGUAGCAGUUAAUACGCAAAUGAUGGUAAGUGACUGGGCUGACAGGUAGUUCUAGGUAACUUCUCAGCUUGUUUCUCUGCGAGGUAGCGAUAGUGUUCUGUCCUCGCUCGCUCACUCCUGCAUCAGUUGCACCAACCCAAGAACAAUUUAAUAAUUAACUGCUACAGUGCGCCCAGAGGGAACCGCAUCUUCAACAAGUCAUUACGCCACACAUGACUUGCUCUAGCUUACGCCGUGCUGUACAAGGAGGGGGGAGGCCAGGCAGUAGCUCACACUUUGCAUCUCCUCUUGACAGAAAAUCAACAAGAAUUUAGCAUCUUCCUCCAGCCUGAACGUUUUUGCCUGUUUUGUUUGAGCAUCUUUUUCUCUAAAAUGCCCAUGAGGUCACAGGUGCGUCUUGCUUUCCUCUCUUGCAUACUUUACAUCUUUCCAGACAGUUACAAAUGACUCCUCCUGUUAUGUUCAGC